CCCUCUUCCCAUCUGGCAGGACCGGGUGGGAGUGGAAGUCUCUGUGGCAGCAGCACUCUGGGCCUUGCCCUGUGAGAUGAAGAGAACCAGCCGGGGGUUUGGCCAUGUUGUCCUGUGCCCAUCAAGGGCUGCUGUUGGCUCAGUGCAGGUGUCUGGGUCCCCAAGAGCCACUGCCCCCUACUGACUCCUCCCUGUAUUUCCCACAGUGAACAUCGUCCUCACUGGGCGGCUCAGCAGCGCAGUCCCUGCCUUAGCUGCCUGCAGCGGAAAGCUGGAACAGCACACGGAACGGCGCGGUGUCAUCUACAGCCCAGCCUGGCCCCUCAACUACCCACCGGGCACCAACUGCAGCUGGUACAUCCAGGGUGACCGCGGGGAUAUGAUCACCAUCAGCUUCCGCAACUUUGACGUGGAGGAGUCCCACCAGUGCUCCCUGGACUGGCUCAUGCUGGGCCCAGCAGCCCCGCCCCGCCAGGAGGCCUUCCGGCUCUGUGGCUCUGCCAUCCCGCCUGCCUUCAUCUCUGCCCGGGACCACGUCUGGAUCUUCUUCCACUCUGACGCCUCCAGCUCCGGCCAAGCCCAGGGCUUCCGUCUCUCGUACAUCCGAGGGAAGCUGGGCCAGGCGUCCUGCCAGGCAGACGAGUUCCGCUGUGAUAACGGCAAGUGCCUGCCCGGGCCGUGGCAAUGCAAUACUGUGGACGAGUGUGGCGACGGCUCUGACGAGGGCAACUGCUCGGCGCCUGCCUCUGAGCCACCCGGCAGCCUGUGCCCGGGGGGCACCUUCCCCUGCAGCGGGGCGCGCUCCACGCGCUGCCUGCCCGCCGAGAGGCGCUGCGAUGGCACCCAGGACUGCGGGGACGGCUCCGACGAGGCCGGCUGCCCCGACCUGGCGUGUGGCCGGCGGCUGGGCAGCUUCUACGGCUCCUUCGCCUCCCCGGACCUGUUUGGCGCAGCCCGUGGGCCCUCGGACCUUCACUGCACGUGGCUGGUGGACACGCAGGACCCGCGGCGCGUGCUGCUGCAGCUGGAGCUGCGGCUGGGCUACGACGACUACGUGCAGGUCUACGAGGGCCUGGGCGAGCGCGGGGACCGCCUGCUGCAGACGCUGUCCUACCGCAGCAACCACCGGCCCGUGAGCCUGGAGGCCGCCCAGGGCCGCCUCACCGUGGCCUACCACGCCCGCGCCCGCAGCGCCGGCCACGGCUUCAACGCCACCUAUCAGGUGAAGGGCUACUGCCUCCCGUGGGAGCAGCCAUGUGGGAGCAGCAGCGAGGGGGCCGCGGGGGACGCGGGCGAGCAGGGCUGCUUCUCGGAGCCGCAGCGCUGCGACGGCUGGUGGCACUGUGCCAGCGGCCGCGACGAGCAGGGCUGCCCCGCCUGCCCGCCCGACCAGUACCCCUGCGAGGGCGGCAGCGGCCUGUGCUACGCGCCCGCCGACCGCUGCAACAACCAGAAGAGCUGCCCCGACGGCGCCGACGAGAAGAACUGCUUCUCCUGCCAGCCCGGCACCUUCCACUGCGGCACCAACCUGUGCAUCUUCGAGACGUGGCGCUGUGACGGCCAGGAGGACUGCCAGGACGGCAGCGACGAGCACGGCUGUCUGGCGGCGGUGCCGCGGAAGGUCAUCACCGCCGCCCUCAUCGGCAGCCUGGUGUGCGGCCUGCUGCUGGUCAUCGCCCUGGGCUGCGCCUUCAAGCUCUACUCGCUGCGCACGCAGGAGUACAGGGCCUUCGAGACCCAGAUGACGCGCCUGGAGGCUGAGUUUGUGCGGCGGGAGGCACCCCCGUCCUAUGGGCAGCUCAUCGCGCAGGGCCUCAUUCCGCCCGUGGAGGACUUUCCCGUCUACAGUGCGUCCCAGCCACCGCCCCACCCUCCAGGCCUCGGUGCUACAGAACCUUCGCACAGCCAUGCGGAGACAGAUGCGCAGGCACGCCUCCCGCCGAGGGCCCUCCCGCCGCCGCCUCGGCCGCCUCUGGAACCGGCUCUUUCACCGGCCGCGGGCACCGCGGGGACAGAUCCCACUGCUGACCGCUGCGCGCACCUCACAGACGGUGCUGGGGGACGGGCUCCUCCAGCCUGCACCGGGGGCCACCCCAGAUCCCCCAGCACCCCUCACGGACACAGGCAGCCCUGUAGGGGCUGGGGAUGGGCCCCCCAGUGUCCCAGGCCAUGCAUCAGAGGCGGGAUCUGCUGUGCCUCCCCCCUCCGGCCUGCGGGACCCAGAGUGCAGGCUGGGGGACAAGGACAGAAAGGCCUGCAGGGACUCUUUGGUGGACAGUCUGGCCCCUGCCGAAGCGCCUCGGGAGCCCUGCUCGGCCCAGGACCCUCACCCCCUGGCUCCCACUGCCAGUAGCACCCUGGGCCCCCACCCACCAGAGCCAUUGGGUGUCUGCAGGAGUCCCCCACCACCCUGCUCCCCAACGUUGGAGGCCAGUGACGAUGAGGCCCUGCUGGUCUGCUGACCUGCUGGACAUGCUGGUGACCGCCACAGCCCCGCUUUGUAACCAGGGAAUACACAGUCGUUUCUACCCUGCCUCCGCGUCCUUCUUUGUUGCAGAGAAGCCACCCAGAGGCCCAGCUAGCCUGCUGCAUCGGCACCCCCAGCCCUGGUGGACACAGCGGGCCAGGGCUGUGGGGGUUUGAGUGAGGAGCGGGGUGGAGUGAGGAGCCCCUCUGCAGGCACCCUGGGGUCUCACUCUACCUCUUUCUCCAUUCUGGGAAUCCAUUUCUGAAGAAGCAGGAGAGUUAGGGCAGGGCUCUCUGGAGUGUUCUCUGUGGCUUCUUGCUUCAUUCACCCUCUAGGGUGCCAGAGCUGUGCUGGACUGAGCAGGGUUAUGGGUGCCACAGACCUAGUCCAUGGCGGGGCCCUCUGUCAGUGCUCAGCCCUCCCCAUCCUCCCAGCCAUCCCUAGAGGAGCAGGCUAGGAGGCUGCUGGCCCCAGCCUCAUGCCUGUGGUGUCAGUACAGGCCCGGCCAGGCAGAUGCCCUUUGCCCUCUGGCUGAGGGGUUAAUCUCCUGGGCAUGAGGGCAGGGCUGGGAAUGUGGGCACAGGGUAGAGGAAAUCCAUGGUCUCUUGCAGGCCUUGAGGCCCCUGGGAGAUGCUGCUGGAUGCUUUCUCAGGUGACAGUGGCCGAGCACCAACUGACAGUGGCUAAAUCCAUCCCAUCCUGCCGCAGGCUCUCAGUUUCCCCUGUAAAUCAGGGUGAGGCCAUGGGCUCUGAAGUCCUGGCAGUCACUCCACAGAGAUUUAUGGGGCUGAGGGAAAGGCAGUUCCAGCAGAAACACCCGGACCGACCUCGGUGGUUGAGCCUAGAGCUGGCGUUGCGGGUCCCGGGGAGGGGCGCACGAGGUGUUUCCCAACCCCGGUGUCCCUUUGGGUCAAGGCUGGCUCUGGACCCCACAAGGGAGAAAGGAAGUGCCUGGUUCAAGUGGCAGAGCCAUAGGCCCCCUCCAGAGCCUGCUGGGGCACCUUCCUCAGCCAGCACCACACAAGCCCCACCGGGUCAUGCCCACCAGGGACUCGCCUAAGACAAGCACACCGCCCACCAACCCUGUUUUAUUCAUAGACAUUUCCAGGAAAGUGAGCAGGGCAGCACUGACAGGGAGCCCAGCCAAUACCUCCAGGGCUCUCUCAGCACAGGACUCAAAGGAGUCAGAUCUCUCCCUCUCUCUCUCUCUCUCUCUUUUUUUCAGGACAAAACAAAAAAACAAAAAAAA